UUUUAAUGGGGAAUACAAACAAAAACUUCGGGUGCGGCGGCGGCCACUCAACCGAUGAUGACGAUGACCUGGACGAUACUGUUCCCGUACAUCCGUAUUGGUUGGGCACUCAUCCCGAGCCGUGGGAUAUCGACCGCAUUCAGCCGGAACUGCUAGUGUUUCGGCAAAAUCAUCCGAAACUGGACCUACGCUACGAUAUGUCGGCCGAACAAGCAGUAGACGCUAUAGUGGCCAACGAGCUGUUAGCGGCUACGGGUAGUCGAUUGGUGUUCAUAGCGCACGGCUUUCGCAGCCAUAAACAUACCGAAUGGUUGCACAUAAUGAAGGAUCGGCUGAUCGACGAAAGAGAUCAAACGGUAGCCAUUGUCGGCUGGGGUAAGGGAUCCGAUAUCGGUGUGUCCGCUUACGAACAAGCGGCGGCCAAUGCACUGGCCGUUGGCCAAUGGCUGGCACCGUAUUUGCGUGAACUGCGCAAACGUUUCCCAGAAAUAUCGCUGUGGCUAAUCGGUCACAGUUUGGGCGCACAUUUGGCCGGUCGGGCCGGCCGUGAAAGUCAAGUAAAAAUCGAUCGAAUAACAGGUUUAGAUCCGGCGGGUGUCGGCUUUCAAACCGAAAAUCUGGACAAACGUCUCAAUCGGACCGAUGCUCGACUGGUCGAUGUCAUCCACAGCGACGGCAAAUCUGUACCCUAUUUCGGUACACUUGUACCGUUAGGUUCGGUAGAUUUCUAUCCGAAUUACGGCUGGAAUCAGCCAACAAACGACGCGCCCGACAAAAAGCCGUACCUACAGAGCACACGUCGGUCGGCCAAAGGUCAAGUUAGUCCGUACGGUAGCGGCUUUACGGUCAGCCAUAGCCGCGCUAUCGACUAUUUUAUGUGGAGUAUCGGCAAUUCGGGUUCGUUUCGGACGUCGCUGGUCCUCGAAGACGAACCCGAUGUUGAUUCGGCCGUACAUCGGGUCAAACGUGUGGAUCGGGAGACCGAAAUGGGCUACUAUACCGAUCAGUGGCCUAACAACGAUCUGCCCGAUCGAUGCUAUUAUGUGUUGACCAAUGCUAGCGAACCGUGGAUUUGA